GGUCGAUCGCUUUUAAGGACAAGAGGACUUGCCCAGAUUUCGGGGGUUUCCACCUAGCCGCUACGCCGAGUCUCAGACAAUUGUGCAAAUGCCCUGUGUGUCUCACCACCAACACAACGAGAACUAUAACAGGAAGAUAAGCGCUGUCCACACUGGCCCUGGCAUCAGAUUCCCACCAUGUUCGUCACUGUCAGGUACGGAGAAGAGCAGGAGCAGAUCUUCAACCCAGACUGUCGCAAUGACGUCCUGCUUGACUUCAUCAAACGUCACUGCCAGUGCGGCGGGGAAGACGUGGUGGAGCUGUCUGACGAGCGGGGCGUGGUGAAGAACCUCCGGAGUUUCCCUCAGGAGUACGCCAAGGAAUACCUCCGGGACAGAGAGACGCUCAUCCUGCUGCGGGUGGACAAUUUCCCCAUGUCCGAAGAGAACGGGUCUUCGUCCAACAAAGCUGUGUACACACCUCUGCUGUCUAGUCUGAUGAGUAACCCGGACUUCAUUGACAUCCUGAACCCACCCAAAGAUGACGACACACUGUCAGAAAUCUCCUCCAAAUCCUCGCGCCGACGAUCCUCCACGUUUGAGAUCGACGACUUCCGGUCCACGAGGAGCAAGGGCAAGGUCAGCUCCACACACUCGGGGAAAAAGCCGGGCUCCAGGCGAGGGCAGAGGGCGCCUCUACGGAAAAGUGCCAAUACCUCAUCAUAACUUCACCAAUCAAGCGAUAAACAAUAAUAAAUGGGAUGUGGAAAUUUGC